GUCAGGAACAAAACAGUCCUUCAUCAUGUUUGGAGGAAAACAAACUCUGCUCCUCUUGGCAGUUUAUUUAACCCUUAGUGAUUGCAAAAUCAAGCUGAGAGAAGAAGUAACUGCUGAUGUAGGUCCUAUGGGAAGAAUUAAAGGAGUUGUGACAAAGGCUAGCUUAUACCCAGAUGCUCCCCACAGCAACAGACCAAUCUACAUGUUCAGAAAUAUUCCAUACGCUGAGAACUCCAUAGCAGGACAAUACAGAUUUACCCAGUCUGAAGUAAGAACAACUCCUUAUAAUACAGACGGAGAAGAACCUCUGGAUGCUACUAAGACAGGUCCACUGUGCCAGCAGGGAACUUUAAAUGAAAACAGUGUUGAAGCAGUUUUCAAUAUGACACUUGAGGAGUUCUUAAUUUCAGCACUUCCUGAUAUAGUUGAAGGAUUGAUCCCUCAUUCUGUAAUUGCUCUUCUGCUGAAGACUAUUGAGUUCCUGACAGAAGUUGAACCUGGUACCCUUGAUCCAAGCAAGAAGAUUAAAGAUGUUGCACAUGACUGGUUGGACAUAGAUUUCAGUGUGAAUGAAGAAUGCUUACAUUUAGCUGUGUCUACUCCCCUUCUUCCAGGCGGAACUCCAAAACCCCUUUUUCCUGUUAUGUUCUUUAUUCAUGGUGGUGGUUAUUCAAGUGGAUUUCAGUUCAAGAUGGGUCCGGAGAGGUUGAUGGCGUGGGGAGAUGUUGUCCUGGUUGCAAUUAACUACAGACUAAAUACACUGGGCUUUCUUUGUUUAGAUACAGAUGAAGCUGCAGGCAAUAUGGGUAUGUUGGAUAUGGUAACUGCUUUAGAAUGGGUUCAUAAUAAUAUUGCUUACUUUGGCGGAGACCCAAGUCAAAUAACAAUAUUUGGGGAAUCUGCAGGAAGUGCCACUAUUGGACAUAUGCUGCUAUCAAGUGGUACAAAUGGGUUGUUUGCACGAGGAAUUGGAUCAUCUGGUUCACCAUUAGCAUCCUGGGCUUUUGAUAAAGAACCUGAGAGAAAUGGUAGAGAGAUUGCAGCACUAGCUGGAUGUGAAGAUGAAGACCCUAAUCUACUUGUGAAGUGUCUUCGUAACCUAGAUGCAGAUGUUAUAACAUCUGCUUUUGAUACUCACCAAAGGAAUGAUAGAAAAAAUGGAGGAUUAGGAUUUGGGGGCAGUGGUCCUUGUGCUCAAUCUAAGGGGAAAAAGAAGUUUUACAAUAAAGGGGAAACUCCCCAUGAUAUCUUAUUCUCUGGAAACUAUGAGCAUGCACCAAUGUUCUUUGGAGCAAACAAAAAAGAGGGAUCAUAUGUCUAUACAGUUCUCUACAAUGAAUUCUUGGUUCCAAAUGGCUUGGACAAAGACAAAGACUUUAUAACCCAUGGAUUCAUUCCAAAGUUAAUGGAAACUACUGAAGUUGGAAACUAUUAUGCGUUCAAGGAAAUGGUAGCAGAAAGCUAUUUUGAUGAGGGUCAAAUUGGUGACCUGUAUCAAAUGAUUCCAGGUGUUGAGGAUUUGCUAAGUGUAUUCUUUUUCAAAGCUAAUGCUUAUGAACUUAUACAACAAAACUCCAAAUAUGCUCCGUCCUAUUGGUAUGCAUUAGAUUACUCUAACACAAAGAAAUCCCUCUUCCACCUACAAUACUUGGAUCCUGCAGGCAAAGCUAAUUUGACAAACCCUCAAUCAUCCCAUGGAGAUGAAUCUAUUUUAUUGUUUGAUUUAGAAGUACCUUUGAUCUUCUGUGAUAUUCAAGCAAUUGCAACUGAUGCCCUUGAAUGCUUAAGUCAUAUUGAUGCUCUAUUUUGUUUAACCCUGCCAAGUGGUGCAUUUAGAAAUAAAUGGCAUGACUGUCUAACCGGAGAGUUAAAUGAAGAAGAGCUACAAGUUUCCGGGUAUGUUGCUCAGCUUUGGACAAACUUUGCUAUGAAUGGAGAACCAGGGUUAGGAUUGAACUCCUGGAGUAUUGAAAACCCUUGGUAUGUAAAGAUUGAUAAGAGUGUUGAACUGAAGAAGGAUUAUACUAAAGAGUAUCACAUUGCACUAGAAGAAUUCAGAUAUGGAGCUGUGCCUUAAACAUACUUAAAGUGUAAAUACAUAUAUCUAUGCAUGAUUUAAACAUACUAUUUAAUUGUAUUUGUCCCAUUUCUAUCAUUGCUAAGUAUACUAUUCAAGAAAUUUGCA